AUGUCGACGGUUCCUUGCGAGACCUGCGUCAAACGAGGAUGUGGUGCAAUCUGUCCCAAUGGAUCCUUGACAUCAGGGAAGGGCAAUCGUCUGGUACUUGCCAAUACAGAAGAACUACAUAGCAAAAUCGAAGGUCUGACCUCUCGAAUUCGAGAGCUAGAAGAUGCUUUAAGAAUUGUGCAAGCUGAAAUAUCUGACCGGCCCCAUCCCCUUUUACAAAACAACAUUGCUGACCUUUUACGUGACACUACUUCGGCGACAAAUGUCCCUGAAUUAUCCCAAAAUGAUCCACAAGUGCCUCCUUCAGACAAAUCAGAAAAUGAAGCUGUCCUUGAUGCCUUUGGCACACUUACAAUUGGGACAAGAGGAGAGACAACGUUCCUGGGAGGUACUGCGCGCUCGGAGCCUCCCCUCAAGUCUGCAUCACUGCCCAUUACAUUAUCAUUCCCAAGACUAUCCAAACCAAUAAUAGACGCAUGGUUACCUGAGUCUGAUCUUGCUCCUGUUGAUCAUGAACUACGCAAGCAAGUUUUUGGCUUACUCCCGUCUCUAUCGGAAGCCAUCCGUCUGUGUGACAUAUAUCUCGAGUAUGGCCAGAUGAUGUGGCAUUCCAUCUCACGGGCAGAGCUUUUCGAUGAGUUGCUUGCCGGUAUUUAUCGCGCUGAUGCAUACUGUGCAGUGUUUGGGUUAGCGGUGAAAUUAGGUUACAGGAUUGGGCUUCAUUUGCAUAGUGCGAGGUGGAAGCUAGAUGAUUCUAUUGUGCAGAGAAGAAGCUCGGUGUUCUGGCAGCUUUUCUCGUUGGAUACAUGGCAGAGUUUCUUUGCUGGAAGGCCCCCUUGUAUGUCUCCAGACUGGAUCGAUUGUCCCUUCCCCGAGGACAGCAAUGAGGUUAUCGGCGAAAACGGUCAGAAGGAAAUGAGCUGGCGCAUAUGGUCUUGCAAAUUUACCAAACUCCUGCAUCAUGUCAUGACUACUGCACUUGGCAGUCAUCCGCCAAGCUACAGUACUGUUCUUGAGCUGGAUCGGAAGAUACGAGACUUUCCUAUACCGCCACAUUUGCGACCGAAGUGUGAGGAGAACAUACCGCCUCCUUCGAUCACGUUUCAUGUACAGCGUCAGAUUCUGUUGGCAGUAAAAGAAGCGACACUACUGAACCUCCAUCGUUUCUACUUUGCUCAAGCGCUUCAGGAACAACCAAGGGAUCUCUUGAAACACAAAUAUGGACCGUCAGUCAUGGCAGCGUAUCGUUCUGCAUGGAGGUUGAUUGAGGGCCAUGCUCACGCGAUGAAAGCCCUCCCACGCAUAUUCGCUCGAAUUAAUUUAUUUUGGUCUCACUCGCUGUCCGCUGCUAUCGUCAUGUGCAUGAUUGUAACUCGUUCUCCAACGUCAAGUAUGGCUGCUUCUUCACUGCGCGAACUAGAUGUGGUCCAUGAUGUUUUCCGACAAGCUGCUCCGACUUCUCGUCCAGCUGCUAAUCUUCUGGAUUCAAUCACGAAGAUAUGGGAGAAAGGACACGAGGCUGUUGACUACCCGGAUACUGAAGAUCCAUACUGUUUGUCAGAGCUCGAUCGAUUGGGUGGAGGGAAGACUCACUUGAUCUCGAGUCCUGCUGCAACUCCGCCUGCGGUUUCACCUCCUUCCACUGCAUCCGAAGGCGAUUCAUCCAGCUCAAGCCAAUCAGGCUGGGGAGGAGCAGAAUUUCCGAACACGAUGCAUCCACGCAUCAUGCAAGACAUGAGGGUAUUCGACGGUUUUGAGCCAUCCCCAUUCAGUGCUGGCGUCUUGGAAUACACAAACCCGGAGUCCUUCCUGCAGGCGAUGAGCGAUGUGCAAUUCAGUGGUCCGAAUAUAUUUGGGAGCGAGAUCUAUAAUGGUCAGCCUCAGAAUGUAGCCAACUUCAACCCGCAGGCGCAUCAGUUUGUGGCGAAUGGGGUGGGGCCGGCGUUUUUGCAGGAUGCCCCUGUGCUUGAUUCGGCGUGGCAGAGCUUUGUGGAGCAAUUGGGUUUUUGACAGGUCUUGGUUCAAGGGGGUUGUUCAGUUUUGCUUUUUUUCCCCUGACGCUUUACUGAUUUUCUGAUUUUCUUUCUCUUGUCACCUGGCUAUAGUAAUAUACACGUAGAUAGGUUUUUGUAGCAUUCUGGCUAGCUAGGUCUGAAUAUUUUGUAUCCGGAUUUUCUAUUCAAUUGGCGAUUUGCACUACUGUACUGUAUCAUGUAUCGUAAUAGCGUGCUGAAUGGAAGUAAUAAAGGAUGGGCCGACUAAC